AUUUUUCUCCAGAAGUUCCCGUGACUAUUUGGAUGCACAAAGAUUAUUUCCAACGAUUUGUCGACCAAGUGAUGAUGAAGAAAAUGCCAAGAUAAUAUCAUCAUCUAUUCCACUAUCCAUGUUGCUUAUCCCGUCCCUAAAAGAGGUCCUUGCUGAUGAUUCAGAAGGGUCAGUUGUACGUGGAGUUACUAAUUCUCUCAUAAACAUGGAGGAUGCAAAGCCCGGAUCUUGUGAGGCUCUCGUUCGCAGGUUGCUCGAGCGAUUGGCAAGCUCGGAGGAAUCUUCGAUGAGAGAUAUGCAGGAGCUAGCAGCUCGCUUGUUCAAUAAGGGCAAGAUGACCCCUGAAGAUGCACAAAAUCCGAACGCCGAAGCCGACAGUAGAGGAAAACAGCAGCAUAAAGAACUUAAUUCAAAUUCCAACUUGAGCCCUCUUGCGAGAUUUCUGCUUUCCAGGUGGCAAGGCCAAACAUCGCGUGAUCUUAACUCGAAUUGAAGAGGAAAAACUGAGAUGGAUUUUAUCUCUUGUUUUUGUAGGGUGUUUACAGUUCUGCAUUUCUUAUGAUUUUGAUUUACAUAACAUCGUAAGAAAUUGUGUAAUUUUCAUCCAUUAUGAUCAA